AUGUUGAUACACGCCCCGGAUGGGUUCUCAGGUCGGCUGAGAAGGAUAACAAGGCCUAUACGAGUCCUCAACAGACGCAUACUAGGACCUCCAAAAUCUACCUCAGGCCAUACCGAAUUACCUGGCCCAAGUUCAUCUCUUACGCUAUCCUCUACCAUAGGUAAUCGAUCAUGGGUCUAUCAUCCUGAUUCAUUCUUCAACAGGAUCACCAUACCUUAUGGCCUAUACCCAUUCUUGUUACUCUGGAUAGGAUGUUUCAUCAUAUUGGUACGACAACAGUAUUAUACACCCAACACACCACAGAUUAUAAGUUGUAAUGCUGCACCAUGGGAUGAUUGGCCUCCUGAUACCUGUGGGAUCAACGGAGGUAAUUGCAAAGACGAUUUGGAAAGUAUCGAUAACCAGUCAUUCAGAUGCUUGGGCGGUUGUGCGAAUAGUAAAUUGGGUAAUCCACGUUAUGUAGGUGCGGCGAAAGUCGAUGGGACGACACUGGUCAUUGGUGGAGGGGAUGAUGAAGGGACUUAUCGGGCAGAUUCAUGGUUAUGUCCUUCUGCACUUCACUCCUCCCUUAUCUCUCCAACUCUCGGAGGAUGUAUAAACUUCCAUUCCUUACCUUAUCCCAAUGGAUUCUCAAAUUAUCAAUCAUCAUAUUCAAACAAUAUCAACUCGACUUCUUUCAAACCUUCUUAUCCAGGAGCGUAUCGCAUAUCUUCCUACGGCACCUCAAAUGGUUGUCUAGACUUGCACUACAUCGUAACGGGAUUCAACGCGUUCUCCCUCUUGUUGACUGUUCUACUACUUAAACCACCUUCAAGCUUAUUAUUCAACAUCUUACUCGUUGGUGGGUAUUUUCAUUUAGUACUAUUCGCCGAUCCACCUUCGAUCCCACCAAAUUGGGAGACGAUCUUCGCCGGUCUACCACCUAUUUUAUUAGCUGGAUAUUGGUUCUGGAAAUUAUCCUUCAAACGAACACUCGCAGGAUUUAAAAAUUUACCAGCCGAGUUGGCCUUGUGGCAAGGACUAGGAUAUUGGUUAGGCUUGGAAAGUUCCACAAUAUUCAGUAAAUUACCUAUAACGAGGCUAGGUUAUGAUGCGUUAGACCCUGCUGGGGUGAUCUCGCUGGUUUGUAUAGUUGUGGUGGUAGUGAUCGUUGUGGCAAUUCAGGCUUGGCAAAUGAGGAAAUAUGGCUUGUUGAGAUAUUACUUGAUAAGAUACAUCCCCCUCGUCCCACUUCUUAUUAUCCUAGCGUUCCUUCCAAAUUACUCUUUGCGACUACACCACUAUCUUCUCGCUAUAAUCGCCAUACCCGUCUUAUCAUUACCUAACAGGAUAUCACUGUUCGGUCAAGCUUUCGCAUUGGGUUUGUUCCUGGAUGGAACGGGUCGAUGGGGAUGGGAUGGACUCAUACAAUUGACUGGAUCGCUCGUCGGCGAUGCAAAUGGUGGAAGUUUCGUUCCCUCCUUCCGGUCCAAUCUUACGACUUCCACUACUAUUCAUUUCGAUCCGAUUGAAUCUAUCGAACAAAUCUACAAUGUUACGGGAUUCUCGGUGUUGGUCGAUGAUAUACAGCAUUCGGGUAAUUAUACGAAUUCAUCUAUUGAUAUGACUUCGUUCAAUUUGACUCAGGGAAUAGAUCAUUAUCUGAGAAUAGCAUACAUCGCCAAUGGCACUUCCCUAGAUUUCACAGAUCCGGUAGUGUGGUAUGCCAAUAGCUCGUGGUCAGAAUUAUGGGCAGGUGUCUCGGAUGGGAUAGGAAAUGUAACUACGGAUUUGUAA